UAUGCUCCAUUCAACCUCCUCCUCGUCCAUAGUUUCUUCCACUUCGUCUCUUCCGCAACAACACACAUAGCCACUUCGUCUCUUCCUCCUCACCGUCAACACUCCAUUCAACCUCCUCGUCUUUUUCCUCGCCAUUAAUUUGUUCAUGUAUAAGUUCUUCCGCAUAAAUUGCUUCUAUUUUGUGAGCGAAAAAGACGAAAACAAGUGACAAUUUUCAAAACCCCAAAACCCCAAUAAUGUUCUUCUCCAACUCUCUCUGUUCUACCAUCAUCAUCAAACAAUCAAACCUCCUCACACGUUUCACACUUCAGCGAACCUUCAUCGACGCCAGAAUCAAAUGGAUGCGCGACCCUUUCCUCGAUUUUACAGUCUCUCGUGAAAUAAACCUCCGCCAUUGUUGCUCUCUCAAAAACCUUAUCCUCUCUUCUUCUUCUCUCUCUCUCCCCAUUUCCGUCGCUUCCCUCCAUAAACCUCACUUAAACUUCCCUUCAAACACAACUUCCCUCUACUUCUUCCAAAGAUACCCUUCUCUCUUCACUCUCUCUCCUCCCCUUGUCAAGCUCACCCCUCAGUUUAUCACUCUUCACAGGGAAGAACAAGAGAUUCAUGAUUCUAGUUCGCAGAAAGAAUCUGCGGUUUAUAGGUUAGUCAGAUUGUUAAUGAUUGCUAGAAGUUGUAGGAUUCCUGUUAGUAUUCUUGAUGAUUUGAAAUUUGAUCUUGGCUUGCCUGAUAAUUAUCUUCUUGAUUUCGUUUCGUAUUUUCCUGAGUAUUUUAGGUUGUGUAAGUUGAAUCCUAGUAAAAUUGGUGAUGUGGGUGUUGAUAAUUGUGUGGAUUUUGAGGUUGGAUUGGAGUUGAUUAAGUGCAGGAAGGAAUUGGGUGUGCCAGCGAUUUUGAACAAGGAAUUUGGGGAUUAUUUGGAGUGUAGAGAGGGGAAGAUUGUAAAAUUUCCGAUGAAAUUUUCACCAGGGUUUGAUUUGCAGAAAAAGGUCAAGGAUUGGAUUGAUGCGUGGCAAUGUUUGCCUUACAUUUCACCUUAUGAGGAUGCGUUUCAUAUAGCGCCUCGAAGCGAUCAGGCUGAGAAAUGGACUGUGGCUGUGAUCCAUGAGAUUUUGAGUCUUUUGGUUUCGAAAAAGACGGAAAUGAGGAAUAUCUUGAGAUUGGGGGAUUAUUUGGGUUUUGGGUUGAGGUUUAAGAAGGCAAUUGUUCAUCAUCCGGGGAUAUUUUAUGUUUCGAAUAAGAAUAAGACACAGACAGUGAUUCUUAGAGAAGCGUUUGUGAAAGAUCGUUUGUUAGAAAAUCAUCCUUUGGUUGGUAUGCGGCACCGGUAUAUUUAUCUUAUGAACAAGUCUAGGAAAGGAAGAAGGAAACUGGUGAAAGCAUUAAAUCCUGGUUACAGCUUGAAGAUGAGUACAUCCUAUUCUGACGAAGGCGUGAAAUGUGUUUCUGAAGAAUAAGAAAACAACAUAAGUAUGGUUGGAAUUUUGGGUAUCGGUGAUUAUAUAAGACAAUGUUUAGGCCUGCAGCAGAUUUUGUUUGAUAAUGAAAUGUUGCAAAAAGACUAUAUGCACAUAUAAAAGCAUGUACAUUUUAGAGUGACUUUCCAAGACUUUUUCAAAAAGAACUAGCUCUUGGCCAACAUUUGUGGCUCUUGAGUUGCUUUUCUUGGACAGCUAUUCACUUAUUUAGAGAGAGAGUGGUAGAGAGCGAAUGGAGAGAGCCAUGACCAAUGUGCAUCUGCUAAUUGUGCAGGAUGAUCAUAUCAAUGAGGGUGCUAAAAGAAUACCAAGAAUAAUAAGCUAAUUGAUUGAUUAAUCAAGCGUUGUACAAGUUGAUAACAUUGUUCAAGAUAUCUCUGUUAGUAGUAUUUGCUUCUGAGUUGUGCACUUGGGCAGCUAUCAAAAGGUGAGCAUGUUACAAGCACUGAGAUAUCUUUUUUUAUCAAGAAUCAGGAUGGUUUGCAUUAUUUAUAUCAACUACAACAAUGACAGAAGCCUCUUAGGAAACUUUGUUGUUAAAAUGCCUGAAGAGCACGAGAUUACUGGAUCUAAACUUUUCACCUUGCAUUGGGGCAUUCAAGUUGCAAUUCACAUUGCUAAAAAUCGAGUGGUUCCUGGAAGAACUAAGCACAUUGAGGAUGAGCUUAGGCGAGGAUCAUAGUAGCAAAGUCAAGGUCAAGGUCAAGGUCAAGGUCAAGGUCAAGAUGAUCUUUGGAGGAUUCAGUUGUACAUUCAGAUUCAAGGUGUCUAGCCACAUUGCUCCUUAUAAGAGAUAUUCAAUCGAAGCGUUUUCCUUGCAAAGAUACAAAGUCAUCCAUCUUACGGCAUCCAGGGUUUGGUCACAGUUCAUGGAUACGUGAAAUGCAGAAAGCUUCAGACCGAUCUAUAAUUUCAGUGAAGUCCUGGAUUUAAGGACCAGAAACCUGGUAUCAGUUUCAAGAAUAAGUGAUUAUGUGCUAUCAAAUGAGUUAGUCAGUAUGGCAUUGGCAAUGGUCGCUGAAGACAAGCAGAUUAAUCGAGUUCUAGAGGAACUUUUUGCUGAGAAGGUAUGACUUUGGGCAUCUCUUCCUCUAUUGGUUGUUCUGUGGUUGCUUUUGAAUUGAAGUUUAAAGAUCAACUUACAGCUUCAUUAACAAAACAAACGAGUGGUGACAAGUUAUAUGUUCCACCCAUCUGGAACUAGUCAUCACAUUGGCUAACUCUCAACCUCUCAUAAUCACUUAUUCCACCCAUCAGUUUCAAGAAUAAGUGAUUAUGUGCUGUCAAAUGAGUUAGUCAGUAUGGCAUUGGCAAUGGUCGCUGAAGACAAGCAGAUUAAUCGAGUUCUAGAGGAACUUUUUGCUGAGAAGGUUCUCAAGUUGUAGAUGGGCUUAUGCAAGUCUUGUGAGGAAUAUUGGAGAUAGAGCAGCCAGACACACAAACCAUGAAAAAUAUUGUUAUAUCUUCUGUGGAACUCAUUUACUGUUACGCAGAAUGUUUGGCAUUACAUGGGAAGGAUCCACGUGGACAUUCGGUUUCAGCUGCAGUUUUGCUGUUAAAGAAACUAUUAUUUUCCCCUAAUGAGGCUGUCCAGACAGCAAGCAGCAAUGAGUAGCCUGGCGAUAUCUUCAAGAUUGCUCCAGGUUCCAUUCCCAAAGCAAACUUUGUUGGCUACCGAUGAUGCGGUAGACAAUGCUACUUCAGCAGCUGCUCAUGCUGAUGCAGUGACCGCAUCUGUAGGCAAUGCACAGGUCAUGAUGGAAGAAGAUUCUAUUACAUCCUCAGUACAAUAUUGUUGCUCCACUGUUCCUAUACUAAGGCGAAGGUGGCAUUGCACCAUUUGCUCAGAUUUAGAUGGCUUCCUCCACCACAUUCCUGAGAUCAUCCAAUGACGGCAAUCCCAAUAGAAGCGGAGACGUAAGGAGGAGAAGGCAAUGAAAUUCAUUUCCCAGCUGGUGAGUUAAGUGAUUCAAGAAUUUUUCCAACUUCAUCAAACACAAAUGUGCCAAAUUCCACACCAUCUAUCCAUGUGCUAGAACCAAAUGAGCUUGAGGAUUUCUCACCUUCGGUUCUGGAACCUGUCUCGAUCUCUGCAUCAAAGCGAGCUGUAAAUUCCUUGCUUCUUUCUGAGCUCUUAGAACAGUUGAGAGGCUGGAUGGAGACAACAUCCGGUGUUAGAAUUAUUCCAGUCAUGCAACUUUUCUAUCGGCUGUCUUCUGCUGUUGGUGGACCAUUUAUACAUAACCCGAACCCUGAUAGCUUACAUCUGGAGAAAUUGAUUAAAGUGGUUCCUUGAUGAGAUUAAUCUUAAGAAACCGUUUGUGGCCAGAAGCCGAUCUUCAUGUGGUGAAGUUACAAUCCUAGUCUUCAUGCUCUUUACCUUAAUGCUAAGAAAUUGGCACCAGCCUGGGAGCGAUGGCUCUGUUCCAAAAUCUGGUGGUUCUUCUGAUGCACUUGAUAGAAGCUAUACUCCAAAUCCAUUGUCUACUUGAAUUGCUGCUGCAGUAUCUUCAAGCAACCAAGACAAGAACGACUUUGCUUCACAGCUGCUCAAAGCUUGUAAUAUUCUUCGCCAACAAUCUUUUGUAAAUUAUCUCAUGGAUAUUUUGCAGCAGCUGGUUCAUGUUUUCAAGUCGUCAGCUGGUAAUCAUGAAAGUUCAUCUAACUCACACCCUGGUUCUGGGUGCGGGGCUCUUUUAAGUGUUCGAAGGGAGCUACCAGCAGGCAAUUUUUCCCCGUUCUUUUCUGAUUCAUAUGCAAAAGCCCACCGAGUAGACAUUUUUGCUGACUACCAUAGACUCUUGUUGGAGAACAUUUUUCGUCUGGUCUACAGUCUGGUUUGUCCUGAAAAGCAUGACAAAACAGAGAAGGUGUAUAAGAUAUCUUCCAGCAAAGACUUGAAAUUAGAAGGAUAUUAUGAUGUUCUUUGCAAUUAUAUAAAUAAUCCCCAGACAACUUUUAUUAGAAGGUAUGCUAGAAGACUCUUUCUGCAUUUAUGUUGAAGCAAGUCUCAUUAUUACAGUGUUCGUGACUCCUGGCAGUUCUCCGGUGAACUAAAGAGAUUGCACAAACAUGUAAACAAGACUGGCGGGUUUCAGAAUCCUGCUCCGUAUGAGAGAAGUGUCAAAAUAAUCAAAUGCUUGUGCACCAUGGCUGAAGUAGCUGCUGCACGACCUAGAAACUGGCAAAAGUAUUGUUUGCGGCAUGCAGAUGUUUCGCCUCAUUUGUUGAAGUGGAUAUUCUAUCUUGGAGAGGAGUCUGUUAUUCAGGUGCUUAAAUGGCUUUCUAUUCCGGAAAGGAUAUGAGCAAUUUUUCUCAGAAAGCAGAAUCAGGGGAUGCUGCAGUUGGCUUAAAUAAAUCUUCUGCACAGUCGCAAGAUUCGAAGAAGAAAAAGAAAGGAGAUGAUGGACUGGAUUCUGGUUCCGAAAAAUCCUGCUUGGACAUGGAAGUGGCUGUCAACAUCUUCACUGACAAAGAUGGUGAAGUCCUGAGACAGUUCAUUGAUUGCUUCUUCCUGGAGUGGAAUUCAAGUGCUGUACGCGCUGAAGCAAAGUGUGUUCUUCAUGGCAUCUGGCAGCAUGGGAAGCAGUUGUUUAAGGAGAAUAUGUUGAGGGUGCUGUUGGAGAAAGUGAAUUGUUUGCCAAUGUAUGAACCAAACAUUGCCGAGUAUGUGGAAUUGCUGACAUGGUUGCUUGGCAAGGUCCCUGAUGUGAGCUCAAAGCAGCUAAAUGCUUGAUUUCUGAGGUCAUCCAGUGUUUUUAUGACACUCUUCAUAUACAAAAUGAAUUGCUAGCUAAUCAUCCCAAUUCCCGUGUAUACAACACACUUAGUGGUCUUGUGGAGUUUGAUGGAUAUUAUCUUGAGAGUGAGCCUUGUGCUUCUUGUAGCUCUCCUGAGGUGCCCUAGAGCAGGAUGAAGCUGGAGAGCCUUAAAUUCACAGACAACUGUAUAAUAGUGAAGUGUACGGGAAGCUACACCAUCCAAUCUGUUAAAAUGAAUGUGCAUGAUGCUCAGAAGUCCAAACCUGUGAAGAUUUUGAACUUGUAUUACAAUAAUAGACCUGUGACGACUUAUCGAAGUUAAAAAAUAAUUGGUCUUUGUGGAAGCGUGCCAAAAGCUGCCACCUCGCAGCUAAUCAGACGGAGCUGAAAGUAGAUUUUCCUAUUCCAAUUACUGCUUGCAAUUUCAUAAUUGAACUUGAUUCCUUCUCCGAAAAUCUUCAGGCUUCAUCAAUGGAGCCAUUGCAAUGCCCAAGAUGCAGCCGACCCGUUACCGAUCGGCACGGUAUAUGUAGCAACUGCCAUGAGAAUGCAUAUCAAUGUAGACAAUGUCGUAAUAUCAAUUAUGAGAGUUUAGACUCAUUUCUGUGUAAUGAAUGUGGCUACAGCAAAUAUGGCCGUUUUGAGUUCCACUUCAUGGCCAAACCCAGCUUUACUUUUGAUAACAUGUAAGAUGAUGAAGAUAUGAAGAGAAGACUUGCAGCGACAGAAUCUGAAUCAGAAAAUGCUAAUAGGAGGUAUCAACAACUUUUGGGCUUCAAAAAACCAUUACUUAAGAUAGUAUACAGUAUUGGUGAAAGUGACAUAGACUCACAGCAAAAGGAUUCUGUCCAGCAGAAGAUGGUUUCCUUACCUGGACCUUCUUGUAAGAUCAACCGUAAAAUCGCACUUCUUGGUGUACUCUACGGCGAAAAGUGCAAGGCAGCCUUUGAUUCUGUGAGCUCUGAUGAAUUAUUUGCACCAAAAACACUAUGCUAACACUACAGAACCUUCGAGAUUUGUGGUUUCCAGGUCACCUAGCAGUUGCUACGGUCGUGCUACUACUUUGGUUGUCCAGUGCCUUGAGAUAUUACAACUCCUCUCGAAGCAUCCCAAUUCUAAGAAACAGCUUGUUGCGUUUGGCAUAUUAACAGAGUUGUUUGAGAAUAACAUUCAUCAAGGUCCAAAGUCAGCUCGCUCGCAAGCAAGAGCUGUUCUUUGUGCUUUUUCAGAGGGUGGUAUGAAUGCUGUUAGUCAAUUGAAUAAUCUGAUCCAGAAGAAAGUCUUGUACUGCAUUGAACAUCAUAGAUCCAUGGACAUUGCCGUGGCCACCCGAGAAGAAAUGCUGUUGCUAUCAGAGGUUUGUUCGUCAACUGAUGAAUUUUGGGAAUCGAGGCUACAUGUUGUUUUUCAGUUGCUAUUCACUUCAAUAAAAGUGGGUUCGAAUCACCCAGUCAUAUCAGAGCAUGCGAUUCUUUCUUGCCUGAGUAUUGUAUCUCAGGCAUGUACGCCUCCUAAACCUGACUUGCUGGAAAAAGAAACGGUUUGGAAAAUCUUCUCAUCUUCAACCUUCAAAAGAUGAUAGUAGCUCAGAUGUUCCUGGUACCUUGGAUUCGAUGGGAGCAAGUCUACAUCGGAGUUGGUGGACAGAAACUGGAAUGGUACGCAAAAGACUCAGGACAUUCAAUUGUUGAGUUAUUCAGAAUGGGAAAGGGGAGCAUCAUGUCUUGAUUUUGUCAGGAGACAGUGCAAAGUUUCACAGGCAUCAAGAGCUGCCAGCCACAAGUCAAGACCCCAAAGAUUUGAUUUCUUAGCUUUGAAGUAUGGGCUAAGAUGGACGCGCCGUGCUUGUUCUCGGAGUAAUUUGUCAUCAUUUGAACUGGGGUCAUGGGUCUUAGGACUUAUAUUAAGUGCUUGUUCGCAGUCAAUAAGAUCAGAGAUGUGUAUGUUGGUUAACCUGCUCUGUGCUCAGAGUUCAACCAGACGUUACCGCUUGUUGAACUUGUUAAUGGCAUGGUUGCCCUCGACUCUCUCUGCUGCUGAAAAUGCUGUCGAAUAUUUUGACUUGCUCUUCAGGAUGAUAGAGACGGAAGAUCCUCGCUUAUUCCUUACUGCCAGGGGAUGGUUAAGUACUAUAUGCAAGUUGAUUACCCAAGAAGUCAAUCAUAUUGAAUCUCUGGAGAGGAGCCUGCAUAUCGAUAUUUCACAAGGGUUUAUACUUCACAAAUUAAUAGAGCUUCUUGGGAAAUUUUUGGAGAUACCAAACACCAGAGCUAGAUUUAUGCGAGACGACUUGUUCUCCGAAGUUCUGGAAGCCCUGAUUGUUAUUUGGUGAUUGGAGGUACAGAAGACAAAGCUAAUUAGUGAUUGCAAUCGUAUGUUGAAAGAUCUCUUGGACAGCCUUAAGUAGGAAAGCAGGGAGAAUAGGCGAAAGUUCAUACAUGCUUGUAUCUGUGGUUUGCAAAUUCACGGAGAUGAGAAGAAAGGGCAAACAUCUUUGUUUAUCUUGGAGCAGCUUUGCAAUUUAAUUUGUCCAUCAAAACCAGAGUCUGUGUACUUAGUGAUUCUUAACAAGGCUCACACUCAGGAAGAAUUUAUCAGGGGUUCCAUGACCAAAGUUCUUUAUUCCAGUCCUGAGGUUGGUCUUUUAAUGCGUGAUGAGAAAAAUAAAAUCUGCAAUCAGUUGGAUAUGGUAGGACUUGUAGAAAAUGAUUAUAGAAUGGAAUUGCUUGUUGCUGGGAAUAUCAUAUCACUAGAUCUGAGUGUUGAGCAAGUGUAUGUGCAAGUGUGGAAGAAGGCGAAUAUUCAAUCUUCAAUUACUGUAGCUGCUGCGGCCAUGCUACCUGCUGGUGCUACUGCUUCAACAAGGGAUUGUCCUCCAAUGAUUGUGACAUACCGUCUCCAGGAUUAAACAGGCACUGAUUUCGGCUCCUAUCAUCCGUUUUCCCGAGUAGGAUCUCCCGUUUGAGAUAAUGUGUGAUGCAAGUGACUAUGCAGUUGGGGCAGAGAAAGGAAAAGGUCUUGCAUGCUAUCUGCUAUGCUAGUAAGACCUUAGAUGAAGCUCAGCGCUUACGAGAUGAUCUGAAGUCCAACGACGAGCAGCUCAAUCUACUGAUGUAUUGCUGUAAGAUACAGGAGAAUAGACAAGCCUUGUUAAAGUUAGGUCUACUUGUUGAAACAGCAAGACGUUGAUGCUAUGGAGGGCAUUGUUUUGAUUGUUGAGGCACUGACCUUGCAAGCUAAUGAGAGUGAUAAUAUAAGCAUUACCAAGGGUGGUCUUACCGUCACUAGUAAGGAAAUCUAAUGUUCUUAGAACGAUCUUAACUGCUACAGGGACUGGAAUGCAUCAGGAACAAUGAGACUCUCUAUAUGCUGGACUGGAGCAUCUUUCAGUUCUGACAGCAAAUUCUUGCUUUAUAUGAUCCAGAUGGCUCGUCACCUGCUAGUUGUUCUCAGCGUCUGUUGAUCCAGAUGGCUCGCCUCUGUUGCAGCCGAACCAGAAGAGACUGUACAAUUUAUGAUGCAACAUUGUAAUCUUGAUGUUAUUGGUGCCCCGUGCCUUCGCUGAUGUGUUAUCUGGUGCUGUCAAGAGUUUAGUUUGUGCAGGCGGCUAUAAAAUAUAAAUGUAAAUUCUAUACUUGGGCAGAUUGUAAUCUCGAUGUACAAUUCAAGUGUUGAGUGGUUUUUAGAUUAUGACAAUGUCCAUUUUUUGGUGAAUUGAAUAACCUGCAUUUUAAUAUUUCAUCCUGCAAUCAAUCAAGUCUCAAUCAGUAAACCUUUUUUCUUUC